GUUGGUUAGGUUGUUUCAGGUUCAAAUUACUGCACUUUCGUUGGACUCUAGUUUUAAUGAACCUUCAUUUUUCUUGGCCAAAUUUGCAGUGAACUUUCCUCUGCUUUGUAAUACCUCUGGGGUGUUUGCCUUUUGAGGACCGAUACGAGGGUCCUUAAUUCUUGGACCUCUAUCUUCCAGUUCUUGUCGUGAGGUUCUUUUCCAUGCUUCAUCUUUGAUCAAGUUCUUAAAGCUUAAAAACCCAUGUGAGGAAUCUUGUAUUCUUUUCUGAGUCUGUUGUUUGAGGAGCUUUACUUUCUUGCUCUUCUCAUCUGCAGGACCAUAAUUUCAUUGAAGGAUUUUUUGUCAUCAAAUGACUUAAAGAAUCAGAUAUAGGAUUCUUGCUUUGUGGGAAAUGGAGCUCAUUUUUUGUCUGAAGAGAGCAUUUCUGGUAUGGGUUUCUUGUCUGUGGGUGACCGUGGUGGUGGUUGGUCAAGGUGCAAACGAUAGUUCAGCUGCCAGACCAAAGGAGGUGAAAGUUGGAGCUCUGUUUACAUUGAAUUCAUAUAUUGGAAGAUCAGCAAAGCCAGCUAUUCUUGCUGCUUUUGAUGAGAUCAAUUCUAACCCAAGCAUUCUUAAGGGGACAAAAUUGAAGCUCAUCUUGCAUGAUACAAAUUGCAGCGAAUUCCUUGGAACUGUUGAAGCUUUGCAGUUGAUAGAGGAUGAUGUGGUUGCUGCAAUUGGUCCACAGUCAUCAGGGAUUGCCCAUGUUAUUUCUCAUGUUGUGAAUGAACUUCAUGUACCACUUCUGUCAUUUGGAGCAACAGAUCCAACUCUUUCUGCUUUGCAGUACCCAUACUUCCUACGAACUACCAUGAGUGAUUAUUUCCAGAUGUAUGCAAUUGCUGAUAUGCUUGAGUAUUUUGGAUGGAGGGAGAUAAUUGCCAUCUUUGUUGAUGAUGAUUAUGGUAGAAACGGGAUUUCUGUAUUGGGAGAUGCACUUGCCAAGAACCGUGCAAAGAUUUCUUACAAGGCAGCUUUUACUCCAAAUGCUCCCAGAAGUGACAUUAAAGAUUUAUUAGUUGGAGUGAACCUGAUGGAGUCACGGGUUUUUGUCGUACAUGUGAAUCCUGAUUCUGGCCUUACAAUCUUUUCAGUUGCAAAGACCCUUGGAAUGAUGAGUGCUGGCUACGUUUGGAUUACUACUGAUUGGCUUCCUUCUGUUUUAGAUUCAAUGGAUUCAGUUGAUUCUGAUACAAUGGAUCUUAUACAAGGUGUUGUUUCUCUUCGCCAUCAUACUCCAGAAUCAGAUCUCAAAAGAAGCUUUUCAUCUAAGUGGAAAAAUUUGAAGGAUAAGGAAACCCCGAACUUUAAUUCUUAUGCCUUGUAUGCUUAUGAUUCAGUGUGGUUAAUAGCUCGUGCUCUUGAUGUUUUCUUCAAUGAAGGAGGAAAUAUCACAUUUUCUGAAGAUCCCAGCCUGCAUGACACUAAUGGAAGUGCCCUUUAUUUGAAUUCCCUGCGUAUAUUUGAUCAAGGGCCGAAGUUUCUCAAGAUACUUCUCUCUAUGAACUUCACAGGUUUAACAGGUCUGAUACAGUUUGAUUCAGAGAAGAACUUAAUCCGUCCUUCAUAUGAUAUUCUUAACAUUGGUGGAACUGGUAUACGAACAAUAGGUUAUUGGGCAAAUUAUUCUCAUCUCUCUACUGUUGCACCAGAAAUUCUAUACACAAAGCCUCCAAAUAUUUCAGCAAGUAACCAACAUCUGUACAGUGUAAUAUGGCCUGGUGAAAUGACAGCAAAUCCUAAGGGAUGGGUAUUCCCAAACAAUGGGAAGCCUCUGAGGAUUGCAGUUCCCAACCGGGUUACUUUUAAAGAAUUUGUUAGCAAAGAUAAUGGGCCUUCUGGAGCGAAAGGAUACUGCAUUGAUGUAUUUGAAGCUGCUAUAAACUUGUUGGCUUACCCUGUCCCCCACACAUACAUUUUAUAUGGAGAUGGCAAUAGGAAUCCUGAAUUCAACAAUAUUGUUUUUGAUGUUUCUCAAAACAAAUAUGAUGCAACUGUGGGGGAUAUAACCAUUACUACUAAUAGGACAAGGAUUGUAGACUUCACACAGCCUUACAUGGAAUCUGGACUUGUUGUAGUUGCUCCAGUUAGAGAGGUUAAAUCUAGUCCAUGGUCUUUCCUCAAGCCAUUUACUUGGCAAAUGUGGUGUGUGACUGCAGCAUUUUUUCUAUUUGUCGGUGCUGUUGUUUGGAUUCUUGAGCAUCGGAUGAAUCCUGAAUUUCGUGGUCCACCGAGACAACAACUUAUAACGAUCUUUUGGUUUAGUUUCUCAACGAUGUUUUUUGCACACAGUAAGUAG